UGCGAAAAAUUGUCGUUGUCGGUGUUGAAAGACCACCGUUACCUCAAGGACGUCGACGACAAUGCGAAAGACAACUCUUUAUCAAGUUCAUGGUGUAUCGAGUGAGUGAAUGAGUGUUUGUUUUGACGUUGUAAGUCAUUCGUUGCUAUCAAUUCCGGUGACCGAGACACACUUUUUGUCAGCUGCGAAGAUAAUUUUGUGAUUUUUUUUCCUGAAAAGUAAUGUCUACCAAAGAAGAAGUUGAAGUAACAACCGUUCAACCGACAGAUUUGUUCGAAAAUGCUCGGUAUCAUGGAAGUCGCCGGGCUUUAAUGGGUUCAAUAUUGAAGGAAGAGAUCCCGUUUGUGGAAAAAUUACCUGAAACCAACAAUCGUCGUGUUUUUGUCUUGCGCCAUGCUGAACGAGUUGACUAUACUUUCCCGGAUUUUCCAUCUGCGUACUUCGAUGAAGGCAAAAAUUACCAAAGAAAGGAUCUGAAUAUGCCAAAGACGUUGCCAGAGCGCCCAAAUCCCCUCGAAAACUGGUUGAAAGACACGCCAUUGACGAAUCUUGGAGUUUUUACAGCAAAAUCUCUCGGAGAAUCUUUCGCUGGAAUCAAAUUUGACAAAAUUAUUUGUUCGCCUUUCUAUCGUUGCAUCCAAACUUGCGAUGCGUUCCUCGAAGGCGCAGGACUCAAAGACCAACUUCCAAUUUGUAUCGAGCCAGGAGCGUGGGAAUGGGUUCCUUUCGGAGAACUUUGUGGUUGGAAUUCUUACGGAGAGCUGUUUUCGCCGCAAGAAUUGUCAAAAAUGGGUUUCAACAUUGAUCUCAGUUACGAGCAGCUUUACAACUACAACGACUUGAAGGACAAUUUUGACGAAGGUUUUAACGAAGCGUGGCGCAGAAAUGAAAAAGUUGUCGAAAAAUGUCUUCAAAAUGAGAAAUUGAAGAAUAUUUUGAUUGUGGCUCAUGGUUUCAACACCUAUUCGUGCACGAAUAAGUUUGUUGGGCAUCGACGCAAACAAAAUUUGGAGUUGUUGCAGUUUAUGGGGAAGAUUCCGUAUUGCGCUUUUGUUACCAUUGAAGAACGACCGGAUAAGACACAGUGGGAUUAUGUCAAUCCGUUGAGUACGAUGACGCAUGCAGGAAAUUAUGAAGUUAAAAAAGAAUUUUCCAAUACUCGCAGUCCAGCAGUGAAGAAACUUAUCGCGAAAAUCUUAAAGGGUUGAAGUUUUAAAGUAGAAAAUAAACAAAGUAAGGCUUAGAAGUAAAAAA